UCGCCAAUUAGUGAGAAAAUGUGAGUUGGCAUGUUUGCAAUUUGAAUGAAACAUUCUUUUUCUUUUCCUCACUGACUUUUAUUUUCUGAUGCUAUCCUUAGUUCAUGUAAUUCAAACUUCUGAUUCCUGGUAAUCUUGCAGAAGUCAGGUCAGGUUGGGCAGGAAAAUGAUUGGAUGAAAAUGUUACCUGAGCCUGUUGCUUUUUUUAAGAUCAUUUUAUCAAAUAAGUUUGAUACAUAUUAUCAACACCAGUAGCAUAUCAACAAUUCUAUGAAGUUUACCAAUGUUUCUAAUCUGAUUUCAUUUGAUGGAGAAUGAGUGUCCCUGACUACAUGCAAUGUGCCGAAGAUCAUCAGAGUCUUCUGGUUAUCGUCCAGCCUGUGGGAGUUGUACCAGAAGACCAGUUCUUCAAGAUAUACAAGAAAAUUGCCACUGCCAAUCAGAUUAAUCUUCAAGAUUCUCAGAGAGUUUUGUACAUUCGUUAUAGGCACCAUUAUCCACCUGAAAACAAUGAAUGGGGAGACUUCCAGACUCAUCGAAAAGUCGUGGGGUUGAUAGCUGUUACUGAAUGCAAUAACGCAAAGGAUUGGCCUCAGACUUCAGAGAAAUUCCACUUACAGAAAGAAAUUUAUGGUUCUACAUUGUACGAUUCACGUUUGUUUGUCUUUGGGCUGCAGGGAGAAAUAGCUGAACAACCUCGCACUGAUGUUGCAUUUUAUCCUAACUAUGAAGAGUGCGAAACUAUAGAAAAGAAAGUGGAAGACUUCAUUGAAUCUUUAUUUAUUGUUUUGGAAUCCAAACGACUCGACAGAGCAACAGAUAAAUCGGGAGAUAAAGUUCAGUUAUUGUGUGUGCCAUUUGAAAAGAAAGAUUUUGUGGGCCUAGAUACAGAUAGUAGGCAUUACAAGAAGCGUUGCCAGGGCAGAAUGCGAAAACAUGUUGGUGACCUUUGCUUGCAAGCAGGCAUGUUACAAGAUGCUCUUGUUCAUUACCAUAUGGCUGUAGAGCUACUUCGCUCUGUGAAUGAUUUUCUGUGGUUGGGAGCUGCACUUGAGGGUUUGUGCUCAUCUUCUGUUAUCUACCAUUAUCCAAAUGGUACUGGGUCAAAACCUGCUGUGCACAGAGCUCAUAGUAUGGGUUUACCAUCAGAUGCUGGUCGGCGACAUCGUCAUGGGGCACAGGAAGUUCUCAUUGAUCCAGGUGCAUUGACAACAAAUGGCAUCAGUGCAGAUACUAGUGCAGAGAUUGGAAGAGCGAAGAACUGUUUGAGUCCUGAGGAAAUUAUUGACAAAUAUAAGGAAGCUAUUUCUUACUUUGGGAAGUACAAAAAUGCAGGUGUGAUUGAGCUAGAAGCUUGUGUGAAGGCAGUUAGGGUGCUGGCCAUUCAGAAGAGAAGUAUGGAAGCCUCUGAAUUCCUUCAGAAUGCCGUAUACAUCAAUCUUGGCCAGCUUUCUGAAGAGGAAAAGAUACAGCGAUACAGUAUUCUUUCUGAGCUGUAUGAUUUGAUAGGAUUCCAUCGUAAAGCUGCCUUCUUCAAGCGUGUAGCUGCAAUGCAGUGUGUAACGCCAUCUAUUGCUGACCCUGGAUGGAGAGCUUGCUACAAGUUGUUGUUAGAAGCAUUACAAGGAUAUAGCCUGUCACUGGAUCCUGAAGACUUUAGCAAAGGAGCUCACAAAGGUUGGCCAGCAGUACAAAUGCGUUUGCUGCAUGAACUUGUUUAUGCUUCAAGGCGAAUGGGAAAUCCAGCUCUUGCAGUUCGUCACCUGUCUUUUCUUCUUCAAACCAUGCUGGAUUUCCUUUCAGAUCAAGAGAAGAAGGAAGUUUCUCAGAGUUUAGAGAGCUACACAGCAAAAUGCCCUGGUACUAUGGAGAAUGUAACACUUCCUGAUGAUGUGAAAUUGCCUCCAGUCCCCUUCACUAAGCUUCCUAUAGUCAGGUCUGUAAAGCUCUUGAAUCUUCCACCAAAUCUCCGUCCAUUGAAAAUAAGAAACACACUUGGUCAGAAUAUAUCCUCAAAGAGUCCUUUUAUUUAUUCACCAAUUAUGGCACACCAUCGAGGUGAAGAAAGAAGCAAAAAGAUAGAUUUCCAAUGGGUGCAGGGAGAUGUAUGUGAAGUUCAGCUGAUGGUCUAUAAUCCCAUGCCUUUUGAACUGAGAGUAGAAAACAUGGGAUUAUUGGUAACUGGUGUUGAAUUUGAAUCUCUCCCAGCUGCUCUUUCUCUUCCUGCUGAAUCUGGACUAUACCCAGUGACACUGGUGGGUGUUCCUCGUACAUCAGGACAGAUCAAUGUAAAUGGUUACCAAACAUCUGUUUUUGGUGUGUCUAGUGACUGCCUGUUAGAAAAUUUGUCUGGAGUGAAAGUUAAUGGCUGCACUGUGGAAGUUGUCCCCGCUUUACCACGACUACAAAUUACUACCUCUUUGCCACGAUCUGCUCAGACAAUGGUACCAUUGUUCGGUGAGGAGAUAUUUACUAGUGCAUCUGCUCAACUCUUUAAUGGGGAAUUGCAACAGCUGACCAUCAAACUGGAGAAUAUUGGUACAGAAUCUUUGGAAACAUUGGAAGUUUCUGCAAAGAACAUAAAUGACAAAGAAAAAUUGAAUGCUGAUUUUCUUACCUGGAACUCAGAAGAAUUGCUAUCGCAGUUGCCUCUUGAAUCUGGGAAGAUUGCUUACUUUACACUCAACAUACAAGUGAAACUGGACUUCUCAUGUCAAGAAAGCCUACUUCAGGAUCUCAAUGAUGAUGGAAUGAGUAUUGCAGGGCUGCCUAUGUCAAGUCCUUUUCGACAGAAUGGUAAACUUGGCUCAGAUAGCAAAUCUACUAUCUUCAAUUCAGCUGACACUAACAGUAAAAGUGAAUACAAUCAUAUCAAGACACUAGAAGCCAUUUUGAACUUCAAAUAUUCUGGUGGACCAGGUCAUAGUGAAGGAUACUACAGGAAUGUUUCUUUGGGACUUCAUGUGGAUGUCGAGCCAUCAGUGUUCUUUACAAGGGUCAGCACUCUUCCUGCAACAAGCACCCGGAAAUGCCACCUUCUCUUGGAUGUCUUUAACUCAACAGAGCAUGAACUGGCUAUUAGCGCAAAGAAUAAUGAGGAUUUGAUUUUGCAUGCUGGAGAGUGUCAAAGAAUGGCCAUACAAGUCAACAAGUUCAAAUUUGAAACUCUUCCAGCAUCCAGCGCUGUAGGUGAAAUGUGUGCAGAAAGCCAAAAGCACUUAGAAGAGGAAUGGAGCCAUGCUCAGGCUAUGGAGAUCAAUAGCAAGUUAAACAUCAGCUGGAAGAUCUCAUCCCUUAAGCGUGAAGGAGAAGCAAGUGUGGAAGGUGUUCUUAAUCAACUAGUUCAGGAACAUUUACAGCUAGCUCCUCUGCAGUGGGAUGUACUGGUAGCUGGGAAACCCUGUGAUUGUGACAUUGCAGUAGAAUGCCAGGCUGGAGAGCCAACUUCUCUGGAAGUGAAGCUUACGAAUCAGAGCAAGCGUACUGUUGGCCCUUUUGCCCUCACUGUCAUCCCAUACCAGGACUAUCAAAAUGGUGUACACAACAAUGAUCUUGGACAUGCUGUUACUUCAAUUGGAUCCAAUACGUUCUACAUUGAUGCAGUGAAAUCCAGUGAAGAUUUUGUUUGCAGUGGAUCUCUGCUAUUCCUUUAUGCUGGUGAUUAUUACUUGAAUAUAAAGUUUCAUGAUGACAACUCUAGUAGGGAGUUGCCACUUUCUUGGUUUUGUUUGCCAAGUGUUCAUGUGCGUGCCAUGGAUCCAACUCAGCACACGAUGCUUUAAAGUUGUUUUACACAUUAGAGACUGUCAGAUGUAAUGAGUUAGAUCUUUGUAAAUAAUGACUAACUAGAGAUACUUGCCAACAGGAUCUCCUUUAAUAUUCUGGUUCAGGACAACAAAGCCACCAUCCCAAGAAUAAAAUGUCGCUGGAUUUUUCUGUAAAGCUUUAAGGCCAAAUUUUUAAAUAACCAAGGAGCUCAUAGCUUAUGGACGAAAUGAAAGGCACUUGAUCAGUAGCUUGGUGUGAUCUUUGAUCUCUAAUUGCAAUGUAGUUAAAAUCUAAAAGGUGAAUGUAUAUUUCUUCAUAUGGUUAUGUGAACUCAGAUGCGCAAUGUAGAUUAGAUGUUAAAAAUCUUUCAAAUUCUGUCUGUACAAAAUAAUGAGGAACAGGUUGACAAAUGAUAUCAGUGUUGUGAUCAUGAAGGCAUGUAUUAAUUACAAGUCGGAUAUGACAAUACUGUAAUAAUCAGUCUUAAUGUUCAGUUAAUGCAUUAUAUUCCCCUUUUAAAUUCUUUUUCAUAGUUUUCAAAACAUACUAUGGGACACAGUGUAAUCUUGCUCUGUAUUAUAGCUGUACGGUAUCUGCUUUUGUUUGUGAGAGUAGUAAGUAUGCCUCAUUCACACUACAUUGAUGUGGCUACAAUCUUUUGAAGAGGUUAAUCAUUAGUUUGUCCCCAAGCUGUUACCAAUAAAGAAUUCAGAAAAUAAACUGGAAAACCAGUUACAAACUCAGGGUUUUUUUACAAUUAAAAUUUGCUGUGGUUAGGUUUACCUGAACCAUAUGAAUAAUUCAACCUUGUGAUUCAUUUGAAGUUGAAUUUCUGUAAUGAUUAUGAACUAAAUAGAAUGAUAAAUAUUCUUAGGAUUGUACCACUCUUCAGCUGUAGUGUGAACAAGGCUAAUGUAUGACUUUUUGUUUCAAACAAAAUUCAGGAACUACUGUAACAAGCAUCACUACACAACCAAACUGAUGUUCUAAUGAUACUUUUCUUUCCUGUACCUGCAAAAUGGAAAUAAAUUUGGCUUGCAUGUUCAA